CGACACUUCUUUGUAUGGAGCAAGCUCAUCAGCAGAUGUGUAUCGACGCCAUGCUUGUCCCGAGUUCCAUUCACCUCUUGGCCAUGAGCUAGACAUCACCCCUGGACUCAUCACUGGAACACUAACUCACGCAGCUCGCCGACCCUUCCUCAGGCCCGUGUCUGGACCGCGGGACUUGCAACCAUGUCCACCACUGCACUGGUGAGGUCGCCGUCGUCCACGACCGCCUUGACUGCCCCAACCGCACAGGUCAAGCCGACUUCGUCGUCAUCAACAUCAUCGGCGCUCUUGCCGAAGCUAGGCUCAAGCCCACCGCAAAAGACCACCGGAUCCCCGAAACCAGGCACACCAAAGCUUUCACAGCAGCAACAACAACAACAACAACUCGCCGCAAGCUCGACACCAGGACGAUGGCAGCAUCCACGCCUCAACGAAAUCACUCAGCGACAGAGCCGGACCAAUUUCGACAGAAGUAAUGUCUUCGCCGUCCUGUGGAGCUGCUUCUUCCUCUUCCUCUCCUUCGGCGUGCAUUCCGUGCUGCACACCGUAGUACCAACAAAUACCCUUGUAUCACUCGGCAAGACCCCCACUUACACCCUCCUUGCCACCCGCCUCCUCAUCCUCGCCAACAUCACCCUCUCGCUCGCCCCGCUCUUCCGCACCCCAGACGCCUGCGAAGACAUCCCCCUCAGCCCCACCCAACGCAAACUCUUCGGCCUCCCCCCGCUCUCACGCCCAGCGACCCCGCAAGAAAAAGAGCAAUGGGUGACGCCGCCGCGCUACGCUCGCUCCGCCUCCGGCACCCCGCUCAGCGCAACUAGCAGCCUACAGCCCGAAGUCUCCGGUUCGCCCCUGGACUUCAGCGGACGGAAGAGCUCGUUUCCCAAUUCGCCUGCUUUUCGCUCGCCGAGUGGGUCGCCUGCGAGUGCAAUGGGGACACGGCAUGGGAGUGGAGAGCGGAGGCGAUUGAGUUAUACUGCUACUCGCAGCUCGCCGCUUAGUGUCAGUGAGUUCGAUGCGGCGGGGAGUGUGAACACGCCCACGAAGACGAAUCACCGCGCGAGUGUGGGGUUGAACAACAAGUGGUUGUAUGAGAAGGGCAAGGCGAAUGGGAGUGGCUGGGGCACGGGCAGUGUAUUUUCGUAGCGAAUUGCAUAUGGAGACUAAGCGCUUCUUACGAUGCUUUCCAUCUCCAAAGUUCAA